AUGGAGGAGCCAAUGAAUAAUACAACCACCACCUCUACCACAAACAACAACAACAAUGAACAAAACAACUCGAACAAUGUAAUUGAACAAACAGAGCUUGAAAUUAAAGAUACUAAAGAUUCACAAACGAGUAGUGAUGUUCAAAAACAACAAGAUGUGUCAACCACUACUAGUAGCACAAAGUUAAAUGAAGAUGAAUACGAAGAGAUUGAGGGAUAUAGAUACAUGUUAAUCAUAGACUCUGAUGACUCCACUGCAAGAGCAUUCGAUCAGAUUCUCAAAGUAUUCGAUAAGGAUAAAGAUGAGUUCUAUCUCUUAACUGUUACAUCUUCUUUGGAUUAUUUGAAUGAUGAAAAGAACAAUGCAAAGCUAGCUCUAUUUAAGUAUCAAAACUAUCUCGAUAUAAAACAUAUUGAUUACAUACCUAUCAAUGCAGAGUCACUUAAUAUAUCGUCACAGAUCGUUUCAGAGAUUGAAGAGAAUGAAAUUGAUAUAGUAUAUAUUGGUGCACAAGCAUUAUCAAAAGACGCCAAUCCUGAUAAUAUGCUUUUUACAUUUUUCAGUUUUAUUAAAAAAACCGUUUUAGGUACAAUCGUUUAUGGAUUAGAGAGAUCUUCGAGAGGUGCUAAAUGGAAAUUAAAUCAUUAA